AUGACUUGGCCCAGAGAUCAACCAGUGAAGCAGCCUGAGAUCAUCACAGACCAGGACUUCAUUGCGUCCUUGCGUGGCCGCGACAUCAAAGUUAUCCUACAAGGUGAACUCAUCAAGGAGUUUGUGGACCAUCCCAUUGUCUGGCCAUCAGUGAACGCCAUGGCGGAGUCCUACCGGCUGGCACAAGAGAACCCCGACCUUGGCAGUGCCAUUGGCUUCAGUGGAUACCGAAUGAGCAGGUUCCUUCACAUCUGUGAAUCUGCGGACGACCUGGUCAUGCAAUCUCAGAUGCAGCGUGAGCUUGGGCGCCGCACAGGCACCUGCUUCCAACGUUGUGUGGGUCAAGAUGCAUCCAACGCCAUGUGGUCAACGACCUACGACAUUGAUCAGAAGCAUGGCACCAACUAUCACGCUCGCUUCAAGGAGUUCAUGAUCAUGGCUCAAAGCAAAAACCUGGUCCUCGGUGGAGCCAUGACAGAUGUGAAAGGCGAUCGAAGCUUGAACCCAUCCGAGCAGCAGGACCCAGACAUGUUUGUCCGUGUCUCUGAGAGAAAGCCGGAUGGUGGGGUGGUUCUGCGGGGCUGCAAAGCCCAUCAGACUGGAAAUCUAAACUCCCACUGGAUGAUCAUUAUGCCUGGUGGCAAGAUGGAGGUGGCAGACAAGGACUAUGCAAUUGCGUGCGCUGUGCCAGUGGAUGCUCCUGGUCUUACCUACAUCUACGGAAGGCAGAGCUGCGACUUGCGUGCCAUGGAACCAGGAGACAUUGACCAGGGCAACGCCAAGUUUGGUGGCCAGGAGACGUUGACAUGCUUCGAGGAUGUCUACGUGCCACCAGAGUAUAUUUUCAUGGACGGCGAGGUGGACUUUACUCAAACUCUGGUGGAGCGAUUCACUGCGUAUCAUCGCCGCUCCUAUGUGUGUAAAGCAGGCUUGGGUGAUGUGAUGCUGGGUGCUGCUGCCACAGUGGCGGACUACAAUGGAGUGGCCAAAGCUUCGCACAUCAAGGCGCAAGCGGCCGAAGCGGCCCUCACCUCCGGUUUUCAACCUCAGCCUAAAGGUAAUGACGUUGCUGGACCUCUGCUUGAGAAGUAUUUGAAGGGCAAGAAGGGAGUGACAGUGGAGAACCGACGCCGUAUCCUGCGACUGAUCGAGAACAUGACAAUGGGGAGGAAUGCUGUCGGCUAUCUUAGCGAAAGCCUCCAUGGCGCAGGGUCUCCGCAGGCACAGCGCGUCCUCAUCCAACGCCUUUUCGACCUCGAAACCAAGAAACGGUUCCUCGGACCUUUGUUACUAGUAACAAGUGCCUUACUACUAGUAACAAGAAGCUAG